AUGAGUUAUUAUGCUAGUAGUGACGCUGCAUCUACUACUCAACCAUCUGAUAGUUGUAAAGGUACUCCAUCUAUUUCUCAGCCAACUAAAAGUGUACCUAUCCCAUCAUCUAAUAAUACAAGUCCUGAUAAUCCAGUAACACCAAACAAUCCCACCCAAACCCAAUUGACUGUUGGAAAUAAAAAUCCCACCCAUAGCCUUCCUCCAACUAGCCAAUUAGGAAAGAAAAGGAAGUUGACGUCCUCUGUUUGGGAUCAUUUUGAUAGGAUUAAUCGCAAUGGGGAUGAUUUCGCAAUUUUUCAUCAUUGCAAGUCAAGCCUUAAGGCUAAUAGCAAAAAUGGCACCAAGUCUUUGCAUAAUCAUAUAGAAAAAUUUGUUUAUGCACCAACACCUCAUACCGAGGAAGAGCUUGUAAGACAUUUGAUGGACUCUUUUACCAAAUGGAAUAUAGAGACAAAGAUUUCUACAAUCACAGUGGAUAACUGCUCUACAAAUGAUGGUCUGAUUUUUAUAGUUCUUGAAAAAUUGUAUGGUGAUCUUUUAUGUGAUGGGACUAUAUUACAUAUGAGGUGUUGUGCGCAUAUUUUAAAUCUUAUUGUGAAGGAUGGGUUGUCCACUAUUAAGCAUUCACUUGCAAGAAUUAGGGAUAGUGUAGCAUUUUGGUCAGCCACUCCUCAGAAAGUUGAAAAUUUUGAAGAAGUGGCAAAGCAAUUAAAGCUUUCAUAUGGGAAAAAGUCAAGUUUAGAUUGUAAAACUCGUUGGAACUCAACAUAUUUGAUGCUUCAAACAGCAAUUCAAUACAAGGAUGUCUUUCCUAGAUUGAGGAUUAGGGAAAAGCAUUAUACUAAUGUACCUACUGAGCUUGAUUGGGAACUUGCAAACAAGUUUGCAGAAAUAUUACAGCAUUUUUAUGCCAUCACUCAAUUGUUUUAUGGGAGAAAAUAUCCAACAACUAAUUGUUUCUUCAUUCAAAUUUGUGAAUUGAGAAUUAACAUGGUAGAAUGGAUGAAUUCUGAUGAUGAGAUUAUAAAUGCUAUUUCUAGUAAAAUGUUUGAGAAGUUUGAGAAAUAUUGGAGUGUGGUUCAUAUUGUUUUAACUGUUGCAGUGAUAUUGGAUCCUCGGUAUAAGAUGAAAUUGGUGGAGUUUUAUUUUCCCAUGAUUUAUGGUGAGAAUGCAUGGAGUGAGAUUGAGCAAGUCAAGACAACUUGUUAUAAUUUGCUCACUGAUUAUCAAUCUCAAAUUAAGUCAAAAUCUCAUGGAACUUCAAUUUUGCCUACUCAAGUGAUAGAAACUCAAGCUUCUAUGACUCUAAAUAUGAGUAAUCUAGUUGCCUUUCUUAGCUCUUCCUCUACCAAUAUUCAUGUGAAAUUUGAAUUAGAUCAUUAUCUUGAUGAGCCUAUUUUGCCUUGGAUACAAUAA